UUGGGGGUUCCCCAGCUGGUUCCUUCCAUCAUUCUCCAGCCAGUCCGUGACAGCUGGGGUCACAAGCAGGCCCAGACAGAGGGGCGGGAGGGCAUAUGGGCCACUUGGCCCAGGCCUCCGAUUCCAAAGAGGGCCUCGGUCAGCAUAUUUAUCUAUAUUUUCCAUUCUGUCUUUAUAUGGUGAACUCAAUGUCCCUGGCAAAGAGGAAGCCUCCUGUUACGUCUCUGUAUGCUCUGUGGCCUCCUCCCCCCCUUCCAUUCAGCUGGAGAUGAGUCUCUCUCCAACCAGUGUAAUCCAAUUCAGUGAUGUAGCAGAAUUAAAGGUAAAGUAAAUGGACCCCUGACCAUUAGGUCCAGUCAUGGCCGACUCUGGGGUUGCGGCGCUCAUCUCGCUUUAUUGGCUGAGGGAGCCGGCAUACAGCUUCUGGGUCAUGUGGCCAGCAUGACUAAGCCGCUUCUGGCGAACCAGAGCAGUGCACGAAAACACUGUUUACCUUCCCGCUGGAGCAGUACCUAUUUAUCUACUUGCACUUUGACGUGCUUUCGAACUGCUAGGUUGGCAGGAGCAGGGACCGAGCAACGGGAGCUCACUCCGUCGUGGGGAUUCGAACCACUGACCUUCUGAUCGGCAAGUCCUAGGCUCUGUGGUUUAACCCACAGUGCCACCCACGUCCUGUAGCAGAAUUAUCUUACCUUUUAAAAAAAAAAAUUCCACUGUAUCUCUGUGUUGGUUCCUCCCGUGGGCUUUCUGAAGAGGCACACCCAGAUCGGCAACUCACACAGAGAGAACGGAGUUGGACUCCUCACUUUUACAUGCUCAGGUGCACUCCUGUUUUAAUUCAGGACAAAAAGUGUGUGCCUCAGUAUCGGAAAAGGUUCUUCGCAGAUAGCGAGAGAUUUGAACCUGCAUUUUCUAGUUGGUUUCAUUAACCACUGAAUUUGCUCUUUAGGUGUCAAAAAGAGUAGAAUGUUCCUUUUUGGUCCACGCUGCAACCUUUGCAGCUGCCUGGUUUUUGAAAUCCCUGCUGCUUGAUGAAUAAUACCCAAGUCCUGCUCACUUUCAUUAAUAAUAGCAUUGUCUGGCUAAUCUCUGGAUAAACAUCUUAGCUCUUCUUCGGAUACUAUUUUGAGGAUCCAAGCUUUGCCGGACAUCAGUGAGCACAAGCCAACAGAAGAGCUUUUAGAAAUACAACAAUUAUAGCCCGUGCUUAAAGCUUAAUGCUCCUGCCAAAUCUUUGACAAGGUUUGCCUCUUCUCUCCCUCACCACUAUGGCCAGUGCACAAAACUCUUCUUGCAUAUGCUUAAUAAUAAUAAUAAUAAUUUAUAUCUUACCCAUCUGGCUGGGUUUCCCCAGCCACUCUGGGCAGCUCCCAAUAGAAUAUUAAAAACACGAUAAAACAUCAAACAUUAAAAACUUCCCUAAACAGGGCUCCCUUCAGAUGUCUUCUAAAAGUCAGAAUAGUUGUUUAUUUCCUUGACAUCUGGUGGGAGGGUGUUCCAAAGGGCAGGCGCCACCACCGAGAAGGCCCUCUGCCUGGUUCCCUGUAACUUGGCUUCUCACAGGGAGGAAACCACCAGAAGACCCUCGGUGCUGGAUCUCAGUGUCCGGGCAGAACGAUGGGGGUGGAGACGCUCCUUCAGAUCUACUGGGCUGAGGCUGUUUAGGGCCAUUUUAAAAUAAAGCCUACAUUUAAAAAAAAAAAAAAAAGGUAAAGGACCCCUGACAGUUAAGUCAGGUUGCGCCGCUCAUCUCGCUUUACUGGCAGGGGGAGCCGACAUUUGUCUGCAGACAGUUCUUCCGGGUCAUGUGGCCAGCAUGACUAAGCCGCUUCUGGCGAAACCAGAGCAGCGCAUGGAAACGCCAUUUACCUUCCUGCUGGAGUGGUACCUAUUUAUCUACUUGCACUUUGACGUGCUUUCGAACUGCUGGGUGGGCAGGAGCAGGGACUGAGCAAUGGGAGCUCACCCCGUCGCGGGGAUUCGAACCGCUGACCUUCUGAUCAGCAAGUCCUAGGCUCUGUGGUUUAACCCACAGUACCACCCGUGUCCCAUUUUAAGUUAGAGCUUAAUAAUUAUUUCAUCAUUGAUAUACUUCUUCUUAAUUGUAUUUCACUAUUAAUAUACUUCUUAGUUUCAUUUCAGUUCAACAAUUACUUUGAUAAAAUACAUAUUUUGUUUUGUGCAAAUGGCUUGAGAUGCCUAUUAGGUCCAUAAACUACCAUAGAGCAUAUAUUCAACACAAAAAACAGCCACCAUUUGUUGUUGACAAAGGACAGCUAGACAUAUAACUGGCCCCAUUACCUUCAGUAGCUUAGGGCCUCAUCAAACCUAAAUCCGGCCGUGUGUGUGUGUUUAUGUGCGUGUAGGGUUAGGGAACUUGCUGAGCCCACACCCAUCCAUGCACCGCAAAUUUAUUGCCAGGUAAUUACUUGUCUGCUCCAGUUACUGCGAUGUGAUGCAGUUGGGGAAGAAGAGGAGGACGUGUGCAGGCUUGCAUUAUAUCACGGACGCUCCACCCCCCUAAAGUGCUUUGCUGGCAAGCACUCUGGGCUCAGGUGUGCAGAGGUCAGCAGAGUAGCUCAGAAAGGGAGGGGGAAAUGGAUUGAGCCCCUCUCUUGGCUACAAGCCAAAUGAGAGAAUGUCGAGCGCAGCUUUCAAAGCGUCCAACCUCUGCGUUGUUAAUGUGUAGUAUAACAUAAUAUAUAGCUGGAAAAGGAGAUGGUGUUGGACAUUCAGAGGAAGAGAGGAGAACUAGCCCCGCUGUACAUCGGGGAGGGCUGUGUGGAGAGAGUCUCUUCCUUUAAAUUCCUAGGAGGUUAUCUCAGUGAAGACCUUACUUGGAAAAUAAAUACAACCCAGGUGGUUAAGAAAGCCCAACAGAGACUCCAUCUCCUCAGAGUAUUGCAGAAGAACGAUGUCAAUCAACAUUUGAUGAUCUCCUUCUAUCGGUCCACAGUAGAAAGUGUCCUUUCCUACUGCAUCACGGUGUGGUAUGCUGGUUUGACAUCAUCUGAUAGGAAGUGCCUACAGAGGGUGGUGAAUACAGCACAAGAUAUUAUGGGCUGUCCUGUGAAUCCGCUGGAUGAAAUAGCGGAAGAACAUUGCCUCAGUAGAGUGAGGAAAAUUCUCAGAGAUGAUUCACACCCUGACCAGCACCUUCUUGAUCUCCUGCCCUCAGGCAGAAGAUAUAGAAGCAUGAUUAGUCGCACCAACAGGGUAAAGAACAGCUUCUAUCCGUGGGCUGUUAGGCUGCUGAAUGAAAAGAUAACAACAGGGCAACUGACUUUUGGGUUUGGUGUGUGUGUGUGUGUGUGUGUGUGUCAGUAAACGAGGGGAAUUAAGACUAAGAGAGCUGAGUGGGGGGUGCUCGUGUAAUCUCACUGUAUACAAGUUGUACAAGUGACAAUAAAGUAUUUCAAUUCAAUAACAUAAUAUAUAGCUAGAAAAGUUAACAAAUGGAUUCAGGGGGCCCUUUUCAGUUAGAAUCAUAGAACUGUAGAGUUGGUAGGGAGCCUGAGACAGGGGCGUACGAAGUGGGGGGCAGAGGGGGCGGGCCGGCCCGGGUGCCACUCUGGGGUGUGUGUGUGUGUGAGUGAGUGAGUGACAAGAUGGCCCCUUCCUCCCCCCAGCUGUAGAGCGGCCAAGGGUGUGCGCAGUUAGUAUGGGCGCUGCUUGCACAGCGUCCAUAUGGGCUGCCACGCGGGCACACUCUGUACGGGAUGCCACACAUGUGCACUCCGUACGGAUGCCGCGUGGGCGCCACUGGGCGGUUUGCCCUCCCCUGCCCCUCAGCGUCCCACCCCAGGUGCCAGAGAGGGUUCCUCUGCCACUGCCCUGAAAGUCAUCUAAUCCAACCCCUGAAAUGGAGGCUCUGUAUCCUUUCCUACCCCCAGUCCUAAGGACCCAAAAACACCUCCUGCCACAUUCUCCUCUAAACAUCAUUUAUUCAACAGAUACAGAACGAACAUAUUCCAUUCCUUAUCAUUCCACUUCCUGCCUUUCUAUAGCUUUCUUUUGCAGCAGUUACUGGGUUGUGUUCAUUUUCGUUUUUAUUAUGUAUUUUGUGCUUUUAUAUUGUGGCUUUAUGUUGUAAUGGCCCUGAGACCUGCAGGUAUAGAGCAGUAUACAAAUUUAAUUAAUAAUUUAAUGUUGUUGUUGUAAUGGCCCUGAGACCUGCAGGUAUAGAGCAGUAUACAAAUUUAAUUAAUAAUUUAAUAUUGUUGUUGUAAUGGCCCUGAGACCUGCAGGUAUAGAGCAGUAUACAAAUUUAAUUAAUAAUUUAAUGUUGUUGUUGUAAUGGCCCUGAGACCUGCAGGUAUAGAGCAGUAUACAAAUUUAAUUAAUAAUUUAAUGUUGUUGUUGUAAUGGCCCUGAGACCUGCAGGUAUAGAGCAGUAUACAAAUUUAAUUAAUAAUUUAAUGUUGUUGUUGUUCCUUGGCUACUGAACAUGCUCAAUCUUCAGUGAGCUGUUUGAAAAACAGUGACUUCUCCCUCUGAUUAUUAUUUUUAAACUUUCCAAUCAUUGGGGUUCCCAGUGCUGAGACCUCCUCCUUGCAUCUCAGUGGCCCCGGGGAAGGGGUGGUCCAUUGGGGCAAAUGCAGCUCUGACCCACUAACCUCAUUCUUCGCUCGCCAGUCUUUGCCUGCCUGCCUUCCUUCCUCCUAUCUUCCUAUCAGCUUCCUCCUCCAUAGGCUCACCUUAGGACUUUAUAGAAGGAAGAGGAUGGGGACAACGCUAGAAUUAGUUGCCUCUGCCAGUCAUUGGCUCUGGUUCUGCUUAUAGAAUUAUGGAACCGCAGAGUUGGAAGGGGGUACCAGGGUCAUCUAGUCCAACCCCCUGCAAUGCAGGAACUUCAACUAGAGCGUCCAGGACAGAUGGCCAUCCAACCUCUGCUUGAAAACCUCCAAGGAAGGAGAACCCACAACCUUUUGUGGUGUAGCCUUAUGAGGCUUUGCCCUCGGGUGGGAAAAAUAUUGCGCCUGGGAAAGGGAAGUGGGAGUCAACAGACACUCAAGGAAUAGUUUCGGAGAAAAGGCUUUUAUUUCUACCAUCCAUGAACUGGUAGAAGGAGCAAGUGUGAUAAGUCACAAAAAGCAUGCACGAGUUCACAAUCAUGUGCACAAGCAUAUAUACCCCUUUCCAGUUCCCUCCCCCUUUCUCCUCCCUCAGGAGUUCCUCUGAGCAUGAACAGAAAGCUGUCUUGGGACUAUUGGACUCUUGGCACCCUUCCCAGGAAAGGGGGGGGUGAGAAGCCAAGGGGUUUUCAGCAUGUUCAGAUAUGUUUCAAUCUCUUGUUCUGGCAUGGUUCCCGGACAGAAAGCAAGUUACAAUGUGGUUCUUUAGCAAGGCCAGAAGACAUGAGAAAGGCCUGAGAAACAAUGGACUGUUCUCUACCUUUGUUACAGCAGAACGGAAUGUUUCUGAUGCUUAGCUGCUGAGAAAAUGAUUUUGAGAAGCUUUGAGAAGCUUUGAGACUGCUUUGGGGGGGUGUGACUUCGGGCCUAGGUGAGGUCACCUGUCCUCACCUUCCUUCAUUGGGAGUUUGUUCCAUGGUCAAACAGCUCUUACCAUCAGAAAGUUAUUCCUGAUGUUGAGUCAGAAUCUCCUUUCUUGUAACUCGAAGCUGUGGGUUCCAGUCCUACCCUCCAGAGCAGGAGAAAACAAGCAUACUCCUCCUCCCAUGGGACAGCCCUUAUUUGAGGAUGGCUGGCACGUCUUCUGUCCCUCUCCUCUUCCCCAGGCUAAACAUGCUCUGCUCCUUCAACCAUUCCUCAUCAGGCUUGGUUUCCAGACCCUUGAUCAUCUUGGUUGCCCUCUUCUGCACAUCUUUCAGGCAUCUGGAGGUAUCUGGUUGGCCAGCUCCCUCAACCGUUCCUUAUCAGGCUGGGUUUCCAGACCCUUAAACAUAUUGGUUGCUCCUUGCCUUCUUCUCUACCAAUCACAGCGGUGACCAGCCACCGCUGGCUACAAUCUCUAGGCUCUUUUUGUUGGCCCUCACCACUCAUGCUCACAGCUGUUCCCCAAGAUAGCUGCUACUUGAACCCUCCGUCAUGUUCCUUCGGGUUCUUUCCCGUUAACAAAUCCACAAGCAGAGUAAGAUCUCAGGCACGGAGCAGGAAGGAUGAAUAAUAGUUUUGGUGCGGUGUGCGGGGGUGAAAAUUACUUUUCAGAGGCUUGCAGAACAUGCAAACAAAUAAACAUACACUCCUAAGGAGUGGGUGUAAUUAAAAGCUUAUUGAAUGCCAAAUCAGGCCAGAUCUCAGGUCCUGUUACUUGCAGAUCACAGCUGCUUCACAAACUCUCACAAAAACCAGUCACUUGCUGGCACUCACUUUUGUGAAUGGGUUUGGCACACCCUGCUUUUCCCAGACCUGUGAAACUCAUUCCUGUGAAUGGGCUAGUCACAUGCCCCUGUGUUUCCAAGCUUGUCGCGUUCUUGCAUUUUGAAUAUGGCCUUAUUGAAUGCUACAACCUAUUCCCUUCCCCCAUGCUAUGAAACCUGCAUUUUCUUAAAUCUGGCAAUGAAGACCUCCAAAACGACAUCAUCGGUGAUUGAUGUGAGCUUUCCAGGAGCUGCUCAGAUCAUGGCAAAUCUGUGUAGUCAACAUGCAAACUUUUGCAAAAUUCCUGCCUGCAAACUGUAGCUCUUAUCUAGAGUCUUGCAAGAGGACAUUGCAAUGUUUUAGAGAAGAGCUGUCCAGACCAGGGGUCAGCAAACUUUUUCAGCUGUGGGCCAGUCCACCGUCCCUCAGACCGUGUGGUGGGCCAGACUAUAUUUUUUGGAGGGGAAAUGAACAAAUUCCUAUGCCCCACAAAUAACCCAGAGAUGCAUUUUAAAUAAAAGCACACAUUCUACUCAUGUAAAAACACCAGGCAGGCCCCACAAAUAACCCAGAGAUGUAUUUUAAAUAAAAGGACACAUUCUACUCAUGUAAAAACACGAUGAUUCCUGGACCGUCCAUGGGCCGGAUUGAGAAGGCGAUUGGGCUGCAUCCGGCCCCCGGACCUUAGGUUGCCUACCCUUUGGUCCAGACUCUCGGGAGCAGUAAGAGCUAUAGAUUCGGUGCUUUCUGCCGCUGUGGCAAGGUCCUCACAACAUAACACAUGAUACAAAAUUCUUAUCACAGAAUCAUAGAAUUGUAGAGUUGGAAGAGACCAUGAGGAUCGUCUUGUCCAAUUCCCUGCAUUGAAGGAAUAUGCUUCUGUCCCAUACAGGGAUCGAACCUGCAACCUUAUCAGCACCACGCUCUAACCAACUGAAAUGUGUCCAAGGAUGCUUGUACCUUAAUUCUCUCAUUCAUUUGCUCCAGGUGGGCCUGUGGUCCUUCAGAUGGACUCUGACUCUCAUCACCUGUCCCCACCCACCAAAGCCAUUGCCCAGGAAGAAGAUGAAUUGUAGUCUAACUUCUUCUUUGGCGAUUCCUCGUAGCUGAGAAAAAUUGUCUUCCAUAAACACGAUUUUAACAAUGAGUCCAUAAGUGACUGUGGAGACCAAUUCUGGAUCCACACAUCCUUCCACAGUGGGGACAUAGGUUUCUGGGCAGGAGUCAAUCAUAGUGAGGGUUUGCCAAGCGUGCCUUCCUCUUAGCACGUUUCUCCCUUGCGUCCUGAGUUCGAGUGUCUUCAAAGCCCCUGACACCUUUAGUAAAGGCUGUUCUCCAAUUGGAGCAUUCGCAGGCCAGUGUUUCCCAGUUGUCGGUGUUUAUACGACAUUUUUUUAGAUUUGCCUUGUGAGAGUCUUUAAACCUCUUUUGUUGACCACCAGCGUUAUGCUUUCCAUUUUUAAGUUGGUGGCUAUCCGUGAAGCACAUUCUGCAGAUUAACAAUGGUCUGUGCCCUCCUUCCUUCUAUCUAGCGUGAAUCAACCAACGUUCAUUUUUAUUAUUAUUGGAUCUUCCUGAGUUCCAUUGUUAUGUGCGAGGGGAAAGAAAUCUCUGCUUUCUCUGCACCACAAUUUUAUACGCUCCCGGUCAUGGUCCCCCCAUCUUACCCUCCUUUCCCCCAACUUAAAAAGGGAGAGUUGCACCUUGAACGUUUUUGGGUGGCCAUUUCUGAACUUUUUCCAGCUGACACCAUCUGAACUUUUUAGCGUCUUCCAAGUGUGGUUGCACAAGGUGAUUUCUGUUAGCGAUUUUUUGCUAUUGCAAUCAAAGUGGCUUGCAAAGGAGGAAAGGAAAGGAAAAGAAAACCAAAUUUAAACAUCAAAUAGCACUUUAAAAUGAUAGAAAGCACGACAGUGGCAGUUUUCUCUCUUUGGCGAUCCCUCGUAGCUCAGUAAGAUUGUCUUCCAUGAGCACAGUUUUAACAAUGAGUCCGUAAGUGACUGUGGAGGCCAAUUCUGGAUCCAGACGUCCUUCCACAGUGGGGACCUAGGUUUCCGGGCGGGAGUUGAUCACGGUGUAGAUUUGUUGACCACCAGCAUUAUGCUUUCCAUUUUUAAGUUUGGAAUAGAGUAGUUGCUUUGGAAGAAGAUAAUCAGGAUCUGAGAGGCUGCAGAGUCCCCAUGCCAAAUUUGUUCCUACACGGCUGCAACUCACGCACAAAAAUUGGGCAGCCUGAUAUGUCAACCUAGGGACGCGGGUGGCGCUGUGAGUUAAACGACAGAGCCUAGGACUUGCCGAUCAGAAGGUCGGCGGUUCAAAUACCCGUGUCGGAGUGAGCUCCCGUUGCUCGGUCCCUGCUCCUGCCAACCUAGCAGUUCGAAAGCACGUCAAAGUGCAAGUAGAUAAAUAGGUACCGCUCCAGCGGGAAGGUAAAUGGCGUUUCUGUGUGCUGCUCUGGUUCGCCAGAAGUGGCUUAGUCCUGCUGGCCACAUGACCCGGAAGCUGUACGCCGGCUCCCUUGGCCAAUAAAGCGAGAUGAGCGCCGCAACCCCAGAGGCGGCCACGACUGGACCUAAUGGUCAGGGGUCCCUUUACCUUUACCUAUAUAGAAUCAUAGAAUCAUAGAGUUGGAAGAGACCACAAGGGCCAUCGAGUCCAACCCCCUGCCAAGCAGGAAACACCAUCAGAGCACUCCUGACAUAUGGUUGUCAAGCCUCUGCUUAAAGACCUCCAAAGAAGGAGACUCCACCACACUCCUUGGCAGCAAAUUCCACUGUCGAACAGCUCUUACUGUCAGGAAGUCCUUCCUAAUGUUUAGGUGGAAUCUUCUUUCUUGUAGUUUGGAUCCAUUGCUCCGUGUCAACCUCAGAACCACUGAAGCUAAAGCACUGAGCCCAGAGUGCCUUGGCAUACACCAGGAAUCCCGAAUAUUCUUAUAUUAAUCUCUCCUUUUAUCUCUGGGUGCUUCCACACAGUCUAUCAGAUUACAUGUGAGCUGGGUUGGACUAAGCUCAUUCUGGUUGGCACCCUUGUUAUCCUUGGAUGAGUGCAACUUGGUGAUGAAGGAGCCCUCCCCUUUAACAGGCUGUCUGGCUGAUUUCCUGUCUGCCUUGACCUUGAGAUCCCUUGCAUCUUUUCCCAUGCUCCCUGGAGGUUCGGAGCAGCAUCUAGCAAUUAUAAUUGUAAUAGAAAGUGCCUGGUGAUGGAUGGAAGGUCCAUAAGGAUUCAAAUUAUCCUGAUGGCUUUUCUUGAUCCAUAAUUUGCACUGCUUUUCUCUCUGUCUCUCGCUUGCACCACCCCUCCCCACAUCAAUAAAUAUUAUGGGAGUAACUCAGCAGGUUAUCUGCUGACUUCAGCUUCUUCCUCUGUGGCGAUUACUCGUAGCCGAGUAAGAUUGUCUUCCAUGAACACGGUCUUCGCAGUGAGCCCAUAAGGGACUGUGGAGGCCAGUUCUGGAUCCACACGUCCUUCCACAGUGGGGACGCAGGUUUUCGGGUGGGAGUUGAUUACGGUGAGGGUUUGCCAAGCAACCCUCUUAGCAUGUUUCUCCCUUUUGUCCUGAGUUUGAGCGUCUUCAAAGCCCAUGACACCUUUGGUAAAGGCUGUUCUCCAAUUGGAGCGCUCGCAGGCCAGUGUUUCCCAGUUGUCAGUGUUGAUGCUACAUUUUUUUAGAUUUGCUUUGAGAGUGUCUUGAAACCUCUUUUGUUGACCACCAGCAUUACGCUUUCCAUUUUUAAGUUCCAAAUAGAGUACAGUGAUAUCUCAGGUUAAGAACUUAAUUCAUUCUGGAGCUCCGUUCUUAACCUGAAGCACCACUUUAGCUAAUGGGGCCUCCUGCUGCUGCCGUGCCGCCAGAGCACGAUUUCUGUUCUCAUCCUGAAGCAAAAUUCUUAACCUGAGGUACUAUUUCUGGGUUAGCAAAGUCUGUAACCUGAAGUGUCUGUAACCUGAAGCGUCUGUAACCCGAGGUACCACUGUAGUUGCUUUGGAAGACGAUCAUCAGGCAUCCGCACAACAUGACCAGUCCAACAAAGUUGAUGUUGAGGAAUCAUUGCUUCAACACUGGUGAUCUUUGCUUCUUCCAGCACCUCCAUGGCAGACCACAUCAGCUGCAGACCACCAUCCAGAAGUGAGGUGACACAGGGUGUUUUACCACCCAGUUCAAUAAGAACACAGGAAGCUGUCUUAAGAGGAAUCAGAACAUUGGUCCAUGUAGCUCAAUAGUGUCUGCACUGACUAGCAGCAGCUCUCUGGGGUUUUUUGGGCAGGGGACAUUCCUAGUCCUACCUGGGACCUUCUGCAUUCAAAGCAGAUACUUACCACCCUCCAGCUGUCCAAGAGGUUUGCCUUCGUUUGAACUCUUGCAAAUUUAUUUCCUUUAUUUUGUUUUCAUUUUAGAACAUUUGUAGGCCAGUGCCCAUUUUUCCCUCUUACACUCAUUCUCCAGGGCUAGCAAAUAAAAUAAAAUAAAAUAAAAUAAUAAAAUAAAAUAAAAUAAAAUAAAAUAAAAAAAUAAAAUAAAAUAAAAUAAAAUAAAAUAAAAUAAAAUAAAAAAAUAAAAUAAAAUAAAAUAAAAUAAAAUAAAAUGACAGCUGCCUCAAGCAGGGACAGCAAGGUGUUGGGUGUUUUGGGGGCCAUUUUUAUUAUUAUUAUUAUUAUCAUUAUUAUUAUUACUUUUUUCAGCUGGAACUCAGUUCUGUCACCACUCAGGUGGGCACCAUUGCCAUUCUAAAAGAAUGAGGGAGGUGUUCAUGGUGAAUUCUGGCACCCCUUUCCCUAGAAAAAUAGCACUGGUUAUUAUUUAUUUUAUACCCUGCCUUCUUCCCUGACAGGGGCAGCAUACAGAUAAAAACAAGAACUGCUAGAAACAUAGAAAAAGUAAGAAUUGAAAAACAAUUGAUAGAAUCAAAACUAUCUAAUCUAUUGGGAUGCGGGUGGUGCUGUGGUCUAAAUCACUGAGCCCCUUGGGCUUGCCAAUCAGAAGGUCGGCAGUUCGAAUCCCCGCGACGGGCUGAGCUCCCGUUGCUCAGUCCCUGCUCCUGCCAACCUAGCAGUUCGAAAGCACGCCAAAAAAGUGCAAAUAGAUAAAUAGGUACCGCUCCAGUGGGAAGGUAAACAGCGUUUCCGUGCACUGCUCUGGUUCGCCAGAAGUGGCUUAGUCAUGCUGGCCACAUGACCUGGAAAACUGUCUUUGGACAAACGCCGGCUCCCUCGGCCUGAAAGCGAGAUGAGCGCCGCAACCCCAGAGUCGUCUGCGACUGGACUUAACUGUCAGGGGUCCUUUACCUUUACCAUUUUAUCUAAUCUAUUAAAACCAUACAAAUAAUUGCAGUGAAAGUGGGCUAGAACCAGCUCUUUCAUGAAAGGCAGUCAGUUCCCUAAGGCCUGUUGGAACAAAGGUGCGGGCAGAAGGGCAGAAAGGAGGAAACAAUAAACAACAACAACAACAACAACAACAACAAUUUAUUAUUUAUACCCCGCCCAUCUGGCUGAGUUUCCCCAGCCACUCUGGGCGGCUCCCAAUCAAAUGUUAAAAACAGUACAGCAUUAAAUAUUAAAAACUUCCCUAAACAGGGCUGCCUUCAGAUGUCUUUUAAAGAUAGGAUAGCUGCUUAUUUCCUUCACAUCUGAAGGGAGGGUGUUCCACAGGGCGGGUGCCACCACUGAGAAGGCCCUCUGCCGGGUUCCCUGUAACCUCACUUCUCGCAAUGAUGGAACUGCCGGAAGGCCCCCGACACUGGAUCUCAGUGUCUGGGCAGAACGAUGGGGCUGGAGACACUCCUUCAGGUAUACAGGACCGAGGCCUCUGAACUUCUCCAGAAAGGGAGUUCAAAAGUUGCCUGGGGGCUGCCACCACAGAGAAGACCCUCUCCUGCAUUCCCACCAACCAUGCCUGUGAGGGUGGUGAUAUGGAGAAAAGGGUCACUGAGGCUUCCUUGUGUCACCUCCAUUCAUCUACCUCCCCCAGGAGGGCGCUGUCCAGUGCUGAAAUAGCAUUCCGCCGCCAGUCAACUUCUCUGAGUUGAAUGAUGGGAACAUCUUGACCUUUACUCCAACCACAAGCAUAUCUUGGGCUGGUCCACUCCUGCAGCAGACGGCAAUGGGGAGAUUCCUGCGUACUUGUGGAACUCCCUGCCACAAAAUGUGGCGAUGACCGCUAGCUCCAAGUGGCCCUUUUAUCAGGGGAUGUUUAUGGCAGGAAUGUUUGGCCAAGGAGGUCUUGGGCCGAAGAAAGGGCUCGUCGCUUCUGGUUUAAGUGAUGGGUGCUUUCUUCCUUUCUUGCACUGCAAUUCGUAGGAACCAAGGCUAGCUGUCUUACAGUGAAUCAGGCCACUGGUCCAUCUAGAUCAGUGUUGCCAACACUGACUGCCAGCAGCUCUUUAGGGAUUCCCAAUUAUAUCUGUAGAUCCUGGGGAUCAAACCUUGGACUUCCUGCAUAUAAGGCAGUUGCUCUUCCACUGAGCCUCUUCCCCAGAUUAGGAAUCAUAUUGAUAACACAGGGAGCUGCCAUAGAAUCACGGAAUUGUAGAGUUGGGAGGGAACCCAGGGGUCAUCUAGUCCAAACCCCUGCAGUGCAGGAAUCUCAACUAGAUCAUACUUGAUAGAUGACCAUCCAGAGAUAGAGAAUCCAUUCGACCUUCCAAAGGAGUCCAUUACAAUGUCAAACUGUUGUCGCUCUCAGAAGGUUAUUCCUGAUGUUUAGUCAGAAUCUCCUUUCUGGUAGCUUGAAGAUGUUGGUUUGGUUCCUACUCUCCAGAGCAGGAGAAAGCAAUCAUCAUCAUCAUCAUUAUCACCAUAGUAAUAAUAGUGAUUUAUUAUUUAUACCCCGCCUAUCUGGCCGGGUUUCCCCAGCCACUCUGGGUGACUCCCAACAGAAUAUUAAAAAAACGAUAAAGCAUCACACCUUAAAAACUUCCCUAAACAGGCUGCCUCCAGAUGUCUUCUAAAAGUCAGAUAGUUGUUUAUUUCCUUGACAUCUGAUGGGAGGGCGUUCCACAGGGUGGGCGCCACCACUGAAAAGGCCCUCUGCCUGGUUCCCUGUAACCUCACUUCUCGCAGGGAGGGAACUGCCAGAAGGCCCUCGGAGCUGGACCUCAGUGUCUGGGCUGAACGAUGGGGGUGGAGACGCUCCUUCAGGUCUACUGGGCUGAGGCUGUUUAGGGCUUUAAAGGUCAGCACCAACACUUUGAAUUGUGCUCAGAAACGUACUGGGAGCCAAUGUAGGUCUUUCAAGACCGGUGUUAUAUGGUCUCGGCGGCCACUCCCAGUCACCAGUCUAGCUGCCACAUUUUGGAUUAGUUGCAGUUUCCAGGUUAUCUUCAAAGGUAGCCCCACGUAGAGCGUGUUGCAGUAGUCCAAGCAGGAGAUAACUAGAGCAUGCACCACUCUGGCGAGACAGUCUGUGGGCAGGGAGGGUCUCAUCCUGCGUACCAGAUGGAGCUGAUAAACAGCUGCCCUGGACACAGAAUUAACCUGUGCCUCCAUGGACAGCUGUGAGUCCAGAAUGACUCCCAGGCUGUUUAAUGACUGUUCGUCUUGCGUGUUCUCCCCAUCUCCAUCCCCUAAAUCUGUUCUGGGGGUUCUCCUACUCCUCCAGAGCAGAACUGUGGGGCACAUUCAAGCGGAGGAAAGAGGGAAAACUUUUGCUGUGCCUACUAACAGCGUCGAGUGUAUUGGAUGCCCCCCUUAGUGUUAUGAACGGGGAAACUGAUAAGGACUUGUGCAUGUUCAGGAGACAUGCAAAGGCUGUUUCUCCCCCUGGGGUGGGAGAGGAUCAAACAGAAAUAAAGGGAGCGUUAGUUUGGACUAAGCCGCAAGGACUAAACCGUGGCACGCAUUAAAUUUUAAGCAGAGUGUCUGCGAAGCUACGUUGCACAUUAUCUAGAAUGUGAUGGUUGACACUGAUUUUCCCCCCUCCCUCUCUUUUAAUGAUGGCUUUCUCACAAACACCACCUGUGACACAGCAAAAGCCUGUCAACUGCUGCCUCCACUUCAGUCACUGAGUCCUUUUAUAGUGGAUGGCUAAUUAAACAAAGAAAAGAUGACUCUCAAUCUCGCCAUCUGCUUCGAGGCUCUCUGCCUGCCUUGCAGACUCCCCUGAGACCUUUGGGGGCGGCCCUGAUGUUUGCAGAGAUUCUUGACAUGGGGAGAAGCAGGACUAAAUUAGUAGUUUGAGAAGCUGGGCUCCAGGAUUUGUUUUUUAUUUUUUGCAAAAGAGGUCAUCUGUUUGUAGAAAAUGGUGUUGAAACGACGGAGAGCUCCUAAGUUUGCUUUCCUGAGGCAUUGCUGCAGCGAAGCCUAGUCUGUGCAUGUACAUUAUUUUUUUUUUCUUUUCAAAGAGAUCAGAUUUUGCAUCACAUCAUAUACUGCAACCAGAAUAAGUUCAGAAAGCGUGCUCAUAGCGAUUUGUUUCAUUAAAAAUUAUAUACCAUGCAGAGAUUCCAGGACAAUUGGAGUAAAUUUAUUGAAUAUUUAAAGGACAGCUGUAAAGACUUAAAAACGCUAGCAGUAUUGAAGUAAUUCCUACAAUGUAAAAUAGAUAAGAUGUGAUGAUAAAAUACGCGAAAAGAAAUUGAUAAGGGAUACCAACUGAAGGGAUGGAGGGAGGUCACAAGCUCGGCAGAGCAAAAAGGUUUAUAUAUUGAUAAAUGUAUGGUAAGAAAGGGGACGCGGGUGGCGCUGUGGGUUAAACCACAGAGCCUAGGACUUGCUGAUCAGAAGGUUGGCGGUUUGAAUCCCUGCGAUGGGGUGAGCUCCCGUUGCUCGGUCCCUGCUCCUGCCAACCUAGCAGCUCGAAAGCACGUCAGAGUGCAAGUAGAUAAAUAGGUACUGCUCCAGCGGGAAGAUAAACAGUGUUUCCGUGCACUGCUCUGGUUCGCCAGAAGCGGCUUAGUCAUGCUGGCCACAUGACUGUACGCCGGCUCCCUCGGCCAGUAAAGUGAGAUGAGCGCCACAACCCCAGAGUCAGCCACGACUGGACCUAAUGGUCAGGGGUCCCUUUACCUUUACUAUGGUAAGAAAGAAUAUGUAAUGUAAAGAAAAUAAUAAAAAAAUAUUGGAAGGAAAAGAAUUAUAUACCACCCAUUGACAAAAAGAAUAGAACAAUGGAAUUAUCCGUUAAAAACAAUUUCAGACAUUUGGGUCUGAAGAUUGGGGAAAUGUUGCUUAACGGAAAGUAGAAUAGCUGGAUGUCAUCCUAGAGGGAAUGUAUUGAAUACCGGUAAUUUCUUUUAUUUAACUGACAGAUGGAAAAGGAAAAGUCCUUGUUUUCUUUCUUUCUUUCUUUCUUUCUUUCUUUCUUUCUUUCUUUCUUUCUUUCUUUCUUUCUUCUGUUAUUUCCUUCUCUCUCCUUUCUCCUUUCUCUUCUUUUUUGUUUUCCUUUCUCUGCUCUGGCCUGGUAUCAGGGUCCAAGGAUUACAUACCCAUGAAGGUGGUAUAAGGACCCUGAGAGGCGGAGAAGGGAAGACCGCCUCCCCCAGGGUGAGAGACUGGGAGGAGGAGGGAAAGCUCCCAGGUGAGAGCUGGGAGGGGCCACCACUUUUUGCGCAAGACAGAAAGGAUGAAACAAUGAAAUUAUUGGCUUAAAACAACCCACUUACAAACAACUAACUUAAGACAUUCGAAAAGAAUCCAAAUCUGCAAUUAGCUAGAAAUCACAUUAAAAGACAUGGCAGCAUAGCUGGAUAGGCUUUCCUAAAUGAGAAUGCUUUUGUUGUUGUUAUUCAGUCGUGUCCGACUCUUCGUGACCCCAUGGACCAGAGCACGCCAGGCACUCCUGUCUUCCACUGCCUCCCGCAGUUUGGUCAGACUCAUGCUGGUAGCUUCGAGAACACUGUCCAACCAUCUCGUCCUCUGUCGUUCCCUUCUCCUUGUGUCCUCCAUCUUUCCCAACAUCAGGGUCUUUCCAGGGUGUCUUCUCUUCUCAUGAGGUGGCCAAAGUAUUGGAGCCUCAGCUUCAGGAUCUGUCCUUCCAGUGAGCACUCAGGGCUGAUUUCCUUCAGAAUGGAGAAGUUUGAUCUUCUUGCAGUCCAUGGGACUCUCAAGAGUCUCCUCCAGCACCAGAAUUCAAAAGCAUCCAUUCUUUGGCGAUGAGCCAUCUUUAUGGUCCAGCUCUCACUUCCAUACAUCACUCCUGGGAAAAUCAUAGCUUUAACUAGACAGACCUUUGUCAGCAAGGUGAUGUCUCUGCUUUUUAAGAUGCUAUCUAGGUUUGUCAUGGCUUUUCUCCCAAAAAGCAGGUGGAGAAUGCUUUUAGCAGGCACCAAAAAAAAGUACAGUGAAGGUUUCUGCCUGACAUCAAUAGGCAGGGAGUUCCAAGUGUGGCUGCUACCAUAAGGAAAGAUUAAUUUCUUUCAAAUCUUGAAUGGGCGUUAUUUGGCUCCUGCAAUGGUUCUGCAGAUGGAAGUGGUCAAGUGAACAGAUCAGCAAGCAAACAGGUAGUUGCUUUGCUGAAGUUAUUUCAUCCACACGAUUGUCGUUUUCAAAUACAAACAUGUGGACAGGUGCAUCCCUACUUCCAUGUGUUUGACUUGCGUGAGACCUCGGCGAUAUGCGUGGUGCCAGGAAAUAAUUAACUAAAUCAGUUCAAACUGGGAAAAGGCAUGAAACCGGCAAAACCGACCCCAAACCAGCGGGGAAACUGCAAAAAUGGUGCAGAAGGAACACGAAAACGGCUGCCAAACCCUGGAGCCUUUGCACCAACCUCUGAGUCUUGGGGAAAGUUGGCGUUUGAGAAAGGAAAUCUGGAGGGAGCAGUUGUGGUGGAGUUGGCUGGACUUUUUGGUUUGGUGGAGAUUCAUGUAGCUGAAAACGUGCAUCUUGCAGAUGCAACAUAUGAAACAUAUAUAAUUCUUGGUUACAUCUGCAUCGCAUUUUUCUUCUCUGAUUGAAAUCAAGGGGGUAUACAUGGUGAGGGUCCCAGGCAAUCUCCAAUUCAGGGACCAGAAACCCCAGGCUUGCUUUCCUUCAGCAAGACAGCCAUAAGUCAUGCUUUCUGAUUUUUCAGCCUCUCAAGCAUCUUAGACUCUGCAUGUGCCAAUGUCCAGCUUUCUAAGUGGCCUGGAAUGAGCCAAACUAUUUGGGAUGCAUUUAUCACCCUUCGUUUCCAGGGAGAGACUCGACAAACAUACCACUGCUUCAGAUUUUCAUAGCAACCAGAGUUUUUUUUGGGGGGGGGCACAGCUGCCAUUUUUUUUACCUCUCCCGGUGUUCAGGGGCUUUCACCCAACCCAGCUGUUUUGGACAACAAUUCCCAUCAGCUGCAGCCAGGGAAGGCACUAGGUUGGGGAAAGACAGACAGAAAGAAAGAAAGAAAGAAAGAAAGAAAGAAAGAAAGGGGACAUGACAGAAGUUUGCAAAUUUAUGCAUGGAAUGGAGGAAGCGGCAGAGAAACAUUUCACUCCCUCUUACAAACCACUAGAACUUGUGGACGUCCAAAGAAACAGAACGUUGGAAGGUUCAGUACUGAUAAAAUAAAGUGCUUCUUCGUUCGGCACAUAGUUAAACGUAGGUAAACAAUGGAACUCCCUGCCACAGUAGGCAAGGAUGUAGAUGGUUUAAAAGAGGGAUGGACAAAUUCACGGGGGAGGAGAGGGCUAUCGAGGGCUACUACAGAGGAUGCUGUGGCAAUGGCUUUACAUGCUGUACUGACUCAUUUGGAGACGCAAGGGAACUAAAAGGUAAAGGGACCCCUGACCAUUAGGUCCAGUCGCGGGCUACUCUGGGGUUGGGGCGUUCAUCUCGCUUUAUUGGCCGAGGGAGCCGGCGUACAGCUUCCGGGUCAUGUGGGCAGCAUGACUAAGCUGCUUCUGGCGAACCAGAGCAGCGCACGGAAACGCUGUUUACCUUCCCGCCAGAGCGCUACCUAUUUAUCUACUUGCACUUUGACGUGCUUUCAAACUGCUAGGUUGGCAGGAGGAGGGACCGAGCAACAGGAGCUCACCCCGUCGCAGGGAUUCCAACCGCCGACCUUCUGAUCAGCAAGUCCUAGGCUCUGUGGUUUAACCCACAGCACCACCCACGUCCCUUGGCUACCAAUGUAGAUGGUUUUAAAAGAGGGUUGGGCAAAUUCACGGUGGAGGAAAGGGCUAUUGAGGGCUACUAUGGAGGAUGCUUUUGCAAUGGCUUUACAUGCUUUACAUGCUGUACUGACUCAUUUGGAGAAGCAAGGAAAGUAUGUGCCCCCAAAUACCCCAGUAAUAAGAUCAUUAAGUUUGCAGAUGAUACAAUGGUGGUUGGUUUAAUCACGGCCGGAGAGGGGGUCACGGCCUCCAGGAAGGAAGUUGAGCAGUUGGAGGAGUGGUGCAGGAAAAACAACUUACUCCUUAACUUAAAAAACCAAAAGAGAUUAUUGUGGACUUUAGGAAAUGUAAAUUGAAUAUUCAGCCACUUGUUAUUGAGGGGAAGUGCGUGGAACAGGUCUUGGUGUUUCGAUUUCUGGGAAUGGAGUUGACAGACGACCUAACCUGGGGAGAAAACAGCAAAGACCUGACGAAGAGAGCACAGCAGAGGUUAUAUUUUCUGAGAAUCCUCUGGAAAAACAAUCUCUCAAAGGACCUGUUGAUGGCAUUUUACCAUUGCACUGUGGAGAGUGUACUAACUUAUGUUUGAGAGUGUGGUUUGGGAGCUGCACGGCCAGGGAAAAAACAAUGCUGUCCAGGGUUGUAAAGACUGCAGAGAGAAUAACAGGGUACACUUUUCCCACCUUGGAUCAAAUCUAUGCUUCCAGGUGCCAUAAGAAAUCUGCAGAGAUAGCGCAGGAUAGUGCGCACCCCGGAAAUGAUCUCUUUCAUAUUAGAAGCAAAAAAAACUUGUUUUGAUGAAUUGGAAGAGCCGCAAAAAGAUUCCACUGAGCACACGGAUUGAUAAUAUGGACAAAUUAGCUACAUACGAACGAAUUGCAUGUUGACGCAAAUUAAGAAUAGAUACAUAUGAAGAAAUCUGGAAUGAAUAUUUAAGUGAUAAGGUGGACAGUGGGGGGGUGGAGAAAGAGGUGGGAAAAGAUUGUUUAAAAGGUGUAGUCAUAGGUAUAUCAGUGUAUUCAAAUCUGAAUUGUCAAAUUGUGUUAUUAUGGUUUUUGUUGUAUGUGUCUUUUGCGGUUGUUGUUUGUAUUGAAAAAAUGAUUAAAUAAAUUUAAAAGAAAAACUACAGUGAAAUGAGACACACGUGCCGGGCCCCAAACCAGUUGUAGAGCUCUGUACGACUUGCGCUUAUUCUUAGAUCCUGCACGUUACAUUAUUCAUGUGCCUUUUGUCUCGGUGAUGCGCACGAGGCAGAGCUUUUUAAUGAAGGCGUACUCGGUGGCAUGUCUCUUUCCACGCCUGCCUGGAGGUCCCCCUCCUCAUCUUUGCAUUAGGGCCAGGGAAGUAGGAAAAGUGGGCUACUGGACUCGGGGGGUUUCAAGGAAGAACCCAUUCAGAGUUGCCUUCAUCUCAUACUAAAAGGUUCAGUGUUCUGCUACCAAGGGAACAUCAAUCGAUGCCUCUGGCUUCCUGCAAGAAGAUGAAACGAGCCCGCUGGAUCAGGGCCAAUGGCCCAUCUAGUCCGGCAUCCCGAAUGCAUCUCGUCCAGAAUGUUGGAAGUUUUGAGACAGAGGAAAAAAGCAGCACGUAGUUGAACUACGGAACUCCCUGCCACAGGACAGAUGGCCGCCAACCUACAUGGCUUUGAAAGAGGAUUAGACAAAUUCAUGGAUGAGGUGAGGGCUAUCGAUGGCUGUCAGCCAUGAAGGUGAUGCUCUGGCUCUGUGGCUGGAGAAUGCAAUGCUUGGAUGAACUGGAUAGCUCAGUCCAUUAGAGCACGAAACUCUUAUUCUCAGGGUUGUGUAUUUGAGCCUCAAACUGGACCAACGUUUCCUGCAUUGCAGGGGUUUGGACUAGAUGAUCCUGGUGGUGUCAGGAGUUCAGCCUACACCCGAGUAGGACCCUGGCAGAGACACAUGCCAGUGUGGUGUAGUGGUUAAGAGCAGUGGACUCAUAAUCUGGUGAACCGGGUUCGCUUCCCUGCUCCUCCACAUGCAGCUGCUGGGUGACCUUGAGCUAGCCACACUUCUCUGAAGUCUCUCAGCCCCACUCACCUCACAGUUUGUUGUGGGGGAGGAAGGGAAAGGAGAUUGUUAGCCGCGUUGAGACUCCUUAGGGUAGUGAUAAAGCAGGAUAUCAAAUCCAAACUCUUUUUCUUCUUCCUGGACUUUCGUUCGGGAGCUUCAAAAGCUUUCUUCAGCCCGAAUGCCCACCGUCACCGGCACACUUAGGGAUCCACAGAGUCUGCACAGUUCGGGUGACAGAUCUCAGCAACUCAGCCUUUUGGCUAAUCUAUUUUAUUUACAUAUAAACACACAGGGAGCACUGCAACAUGGCUCCCUCUCUCUCUAGCAUCAGACACCAAAGAGAAAAAGGACAAAGGACAGUAGUCCCACUUCACGGAACACAGUCACACAACCAUCCUGUCUCCAUCACUUCCCACUCUGUGGUGUCAAAACAUACACCGUCAUGUGCAAGACAACAACCCCAUGACUGCAAUCACGGAGCAGGAAUUCUAACAGGUGGUCCCUUCCAAUGAUUCUGAACAACAGUUGCUGGAAACCACUGGAGAGGAGAGUUGCUCCUAGUUCUGCUUUUGGGCUUCAUCACAAGCAUCCAGUUGGCCGCUGUCAGAACUUCUGAUGCUCUUAUGACGGUAGGAGUGACAGCUAGAGGGUUUCAGUCUCAGAAAGGCAAGGGGUCAACUAGAUGGCCGUGGGAAAUCUGCAAGCCCGAUUCAACCCCAUGAGCCCUUUCCCCUCUUCCUGUUUCCAGCAACUGAUGUUCAGAAGCAUUUCUGCCUCCCACUGUGCCAGAUUUACGUACAGUGCUACCUCUGGUUAAGAACUUAAUUCGUUCUGGAGGUCCACUCUUAACCUGAAACUGUUCUUAACCUGAGGUACCACUUUAGCUAAUGGGGCCUCCCGCUGCUGCCACUCCGUCGGAGCACAAUUUCUGUUCUCAUCCUGAAGCAAAGUUCUUAACCCGAGGUACUAUUUCUGGGUUAGCGGGGUCUGUAACCUGAAGUGUCUGUAACCUGAAGCAUCUGUAACCUGAGGUACCACUGUAUAAGCUAAACAAGCUAUAGCUAAGGGCCCCACUCUCUUGGGGGCCUCCCAAAAAAUUAGAGGGGGGGGAAACCUGGAUGUACAUUUCCAAAAUAUAAGUUAAAAAACAAAUAAAAUAAAACCUACAUACAGCAACAGUGCUUUGUGUUGUGUAGGCUCCUACAAUGUAAGUCAUGGGCCCCGCCUGCUAGCCUGCACCCGAAAAUAUCACUGGUUUGCUCAUUUCUAUAUAUAGGGUGCCUGCAUUCUGCAUGGACUGGUUGCACGGCAACAUGUGCAAAUGGGUUUCUGUACCUGUUAGGUCCAUAAAUUACCAUAUAGCAUAUAAUCAACACUAAAAACAGCAACAAUUUGUAGUUGACAAAGGACGGCUGGACAUAUAAAGGGCCCCAUUGCCUUCAGUAGCUUAGGGCCUCAUCAAACCUUAAUCCGGCCCUGCAAGUAGCCAUCAAUAGCCAUAAUAAUAAUAAGAUAGUGGUACCUCGGUUCUCAAACGUAAUCCGUUCCAGAAGACCGUUUGAGUUCUGAAAUGUUUGAAAAGUGAGGCACAAAGUUUGUUUUCAGCGUUUGGGUUCUGAAACAUUCGUCAAUGGAGAUGUUUGAGAACCGAGGUACCACUGUAGUAGUAAAGUAAUAAUACUAAUACUAAUACUAAUAAUAAUAAUAUCUGACUGGGUUGCCCCAGUCACUCUGGGCGACUCCCAACAAAAAAUAAUAAAACACACUAAAAACUUCCCUGGUGUCUUUUAAGAAUCAUAUGGUUGUAUAUCUGUUUAACAUGUGAUGGGAGGGCAUUCCACAAACUGGGUGCCACUACGAAGAAGGCCCUCUGCCUGGUUCCCUGUAACCUCAAUUCUCGCAGUGAGGGAACCGCCAGAAGGCCCUCGGAGCUGGACCUCAGUGUCUGCACUGAACAACAGGGGUGGAGAUGCUCCUUCCGAUAUAUAGGGCCGUUUAGGGCUUUAAAGGUCUGCACCAAAACUUUGCAUUGCGCUCAGAACAGCGAAUUUGUCCUUAUUACAACCCUCAUCGGUCCCAGCCAGCAAAGCCAUCUGAAGGCACCAAGCUGAGGAAGGCUGGUCUGGGCCAAAGUUCCUUGUUAGAAACGACGCAGAUCUCAAUCCACUGAGUGGAGCCCUGAUCUACAUGCAAAUCUCCCUUCUGGGAUGCCGUUAAUGCAAGGGGGAAAAUCAUAUGCGUGCAGAAACACAUUGGCUGCUUGUGGUGUUUGCGGUGUGGUCUUUGCAAGCAGUUUGCCGCUAGCCUGGAGUGUGCACUGAAUAUUAACGACCGGCUAGGUUUUAAUUAAUGGGUGUGUUUCUGCCCUGGAGUAAGGACGCAGCGUCACGGCCUGCUGUCACUCAAAUGGAUUGCAAAGUGGAUUGAUCAUCCUGAAAAGGGGGAAGGGAAUAAAGCAGACCUUAUUGGUCAGUCCACCAUCAACUCUCAUUGAUUAUUUUCCACUGAGGAUGGUGGAAACUCAGAGAUGUUUGACAGCAACACACCCUACCUCUCAUUGCUAUUGUAGAACAGGGGUUCCUAAACUUAUUUGGCCUACCACCCUACUUUUCAGGGGGGAAAGAUUUACUCAGCACACACACACACAUACAUACCCCAUCUACCUUCUUUAAGCGAAAAAAACAAAGAUGCAGAGAUAAAUUUGCAUUCUUUUGUGUACAGUGGUACCUCGGGUUACAUACGCUUCAGGUUACAGACUCCGCUAACCCAGAAACAGUGCUUCAGGUUAAGAACUUUGCUUCAGGAUGAGAACAGAAAUCGUGCAGCCGCAGUGGGAGGCCCCAUUAGCUAAAGUGGUGCUUCAGGUUAAGAACACUUUCAGGUUAAGUACAGACCUCCGGAACGAAUUAAGUACUUAACCUGAGGUACCACUGUAUCUUUCUUUCUACCUGUGUCCUGAAACACAGUAAAGAAAGCUGUUGUUGUAAAUGAGACACCUUGAAGCUUGAAAUCAUAAAAUGAUUUAUUAAAAUCAACCAUAGUGAUACAGUCAUACCUCAUGUUACAUUUGCUUCAGGUUACGUUCUUUCAGGUUACGUCCCGCGGUGACCCGGAAGUACUGGAAAGGGUUACUUCCGGGUUUCGCCACUCGCGCAUGCGCAGAAGCGCAAAAUGACCGCAUGCGCAGAAGUGGCGAAUCGCAUCCCGCGCGUGCGCAGAUGCGCUGCUGCGGGUUGCACUCUUUUCAUGUUGCGAUCGGGCCUCCGGAACGGAUCCCGUUCUCAACCAGAGGUACCCCUGUAUUCACAUUACACACAGAAAGUUUUGCGAGUUUAUUUGGAAAAUAAAGCGCUCGCCGCGGCUUUGAUGUUGCAUUGCUAAGCGUCAUUACACAACACAUGGAACAUAUGUGAACGGUUUUUCAAAAUUUUCUUUUUUUAUAUAUAUAUAUAAUUUUUAUUAGUUUUUAAAACAUCAUUUUCAACAGUAAUUAAACAUACUUUUACAUCUUAUUCAAAUUUUUGACUUCCAUCAGUCCUGUCUGAAAAUUUUCCAAUCUAGUCUCUCAGUAUGCAUUUCUUAUCUUCCCUGUUACAUUUCAAACUCAUAACCAAUAUCUCUAUCUUUUUCUACUUUGUAACACUUCGUAUAUUUCUCCUUACAAAACUUCUUGUAGUCCUGCUAGCGUAAUUUGUUGACUACAGUUGCUCUUCAAAUAAUUCAUAUACUUCUUCCAAUCUUCUGUAAAUCUCUGGUCCCGCAGGUUUCAAAUCCUUCCUGUCAUUUUGUCCAAUUCUGCAUAGUCCAUUAAUUUCGUUUGCCAUUCUUCUUUCGUCGGAAUUUCUUCUUGUUUCCAUUUCUGGGCUAACAAUACUCUUGCCACAGUUGUUGCAUAUAAAAACAAUUUAACCUCUUGCCUAUUAAUGUCCUGACCUAUAAUACCAAGUAAAAAUGCUUCUGGUUUUUAAAAAAAUGUAUAUUUCAACAUCUUUUUCAUCUCAUUAUAUAUCAUUUCCCAGUUCUUUACUUUUUUACAUUCCCACCACAUAUGAUAAAAUGUUCCUUCUUUUUCUUUACAUUUCCAACGUUUAUUAUUUGUCUUAUACAUUUUAGCUAAUUUCAAAAUUUUCUUCUUUUCUUUAUGCUUCCAGUGCCCCUUAUUUUUAUUCAACACCCCCCUGCCCAAUCACACCCAAGGAUAGUCGUCCCCCCCCCCCGUUUGACAGUGACAGUUAUCUCCCACUUUGGAAAGUUUGUUUUAGGAGGAUGGGGAGAUAUAGAGAACAGAAAGCAGCUUCCCCUUAACUGUGUUCCUGAGCUACAACUGUUAGUACCAGUAGAGUUGUGCAGCUGUUUAUAUUGAGCCCAUCACCUGUCAGAAUCUGGGUACCAGUUCCUGGAAGCUGCAGGAGAGGAGAGGGGUCUUGUGUUCAAAUCCUGUUGGUAUUUUAAUAUCUCAAGAGGCUAGGGCAUGGGUGAAGGGAAUGAAUAUCAGAAUGAUUAAGAUCACUGACCAUGCCCCUGUAUCUGCCAUCCUUCAAAUAAAACAAAUAAAUAAAACAAACAAGAUGAAUUUUAACAGGGAGAAAUGUAAAGUAUUGCACUUGGUCAAAAAAAAUGAGAGGCACAAAUACAAGAUGGGGGACACCUGGCUUGAGAGCAGUACAUGUGAAAAGGAUCUAGGAGUCUUGGUUGACCACAAACUUGACAUGAGCCAACAGUGUGACGCGGCAGCUAAAAAAGCCAAUGCAAUUCUGGGCUGCAUCAAUAGGAGUAUAGCAUCUAGAUCAAGGGAAGUAAUAGUGCCACUGUAUUCUGCUCUGGUCAGACCUCACCUGGAGUACUGUGUCCAGUUCUGGGCACCACAGUUCAAGAAGGACAUUGACAAACUGGAACGUGUCCAGAGGAGGGCAACCAAAAUGGUCAAAGGCCUGGAAACGAUGCCUUAUGAGGAACGGCUAAGGGAGCUGGGCAUGUUUAGCCUGGAGAAGAGGAGGUUAAGGGGUGAUAUGAUAGCCAUGUUCAAAGAUAUAAAAGGAUGUCACAUAGAGGAGGGAGAAAGGUUGUUUUCUGCUGCUCCAGAGAAGCGGACACGGAGCAAUGGAUCCAAACUACAAGAAAGAAGAUUCCACCUAAACAUUAGGAAGAACUUCCUGACAGUAAGAGCUGUUCGACAGUGGAAUUUGCUGCCAAGGAGUGUGGUGGAGUCUCCUUCUUUGGAGGUCUUUAAGCAGAGGCUUGACAACCAUAUGUCAGGAGUGCUCUGAUGGUGUUUCCUGCUUGGCAGGGGGUUGGACUCGAUGACCCUUGUGGUCUCUUCCAACUCUAUGAUUCUAUGAUUCUAUGAAAUAGGUCAUAUUAAUAGGUCCUAUUCUUGGAGGUUUAACCCUUGGUUGGUAGCUGAUGAACAGAGUAAGGUUAAAAUAAAAAUAGUGCUAAAAAGGUAUUUUGAGGAAAAUAAAGACCCGGAUCUCCCAUUAACAACAAAAUGGGAAGCAAUGAAAGCAGUCAUUAGGGGAGAAUGUAUUCAGAGCUUGUCAGUGUUUUUAAAAAAGGGAAAGAUAGAUGGAUUAGGGAGGUAGAAGAGGAGGUCAGGAUAUUGGAGGAGAAAUUUAGGAUGUCUAAGCAAAAGAAGGAUAAGGAAAAAUUAGACCAAAAGAGGGAAGAGUUGAAAGUUUUAGAUAUAAAUAGAACUACAUUAAAGUUAUGGUACAGUAAACAAAAAUAUUAUGAAUUUGAAGGGAUAUGUGAGAACAGGAUACUGGACUAGAUGGGCCUCUGGCCAUAGCUGACAACUUUUCCCUUUUCUUGCGAGGAAUCCUAUUUGGAAUAAGGGAAUUUCCCUUUAAAAAAGGGAAACGUUGACAGCUAUGAUCCAGGCGGCUCUUCGUAUGCUCAUAUGAAGUUUAUGGGUGUUUAUUUUCUUGUUCAGAAAGCUCACCUUAAAAAAAAAAAAAUUCCUCUAAGCUGGCAUGCUGCUAUCACUACUACUGAUGAUGAUGAUGAUGAUUUAACAGCCCUGUGAACCCUGAAAUUACAAAACAGACAACAAUGCUAAUACGCAAAAAACAGUAAAAUAGAAAAACAUGCCUCCUUCAUUAUAGUAGCAGGAACCAAAGUGUUUGGGGAACGGGAGCAUGGAGGACAACAUUUUGGGGGAAAUAGAACCACGGACAGCAGCCAUUUUGAGCUCGGCUGUAGUGUUGAAUCAAGUCUCCUUAUUCCACAUUUCAGUCUCCAGGGACUUCAUUUUAUCCAUAUCACGUUGUGUCAGUGGAUUCUGCUCCCUGCCCCACAAAGACGAGGAUGUGAAUAUUCCCCAGCGUCCCCUAAAUUUCUGGCCAGCUUACUGGCUCCGGCUGUUAUAAACUCAUGAAAUAAGUGACUGUUCGGAGUAUGAAUACCAAAGGCACGCAGCCCUUGAGCGUGUUGGGGGGCUGCGGAAAAGCUCGCUGACUUUGUGAGGUCUUCUGAGGAUGUGGUCAUGGACACCAGUCACAAAAUGGCUCCCAUGGGGACCAAAAUGGUUGUCAACCGGUCAUGACAUAACACAAAAUGGCUGCCCUAGGGGUGUGGCAUAGCAUAAGAUGGCUGCAUCUAAAAGAACAGGAAAAAAACAAUAGGACUAUGACAUUCCCAAGCUUGGGAAAUCUCAAUUUUUAUUUAAAAAAAACAACUAUUUGAAACAUAUGAAUAGCAAAACACAUUCCACUGUAGACUGGAACUAGGAUGCACAGAAAACCCAAUUCAGAGAUUAUUACUGAACUCUGUUAUUCCACGGGCGGGCAUGCAGAACCACAAACAAAAACAUGUAUGGAAUGGUGUCUAAUCAUCAUACAUUUAUUUAUUUAAAUGACUUUACCCCCCAAAAGGGGGGAGGCUUCCAGAGAGGCUGCACAAAUCACUAAAACAAACAAAAGUCCCCCAAACGGAGGAAAUUUAUACAGUGGAACCUCGGUUGUUGAACGUAAUCUGUUCCAGAAGACCGUUUGACUUCCAAAACGUUCGAUAACUAAGGCGCAAUGGGCGCCUGGCAAAAUCCGUUGGAAAAUAUGGAGAAAUGCGCCUCAGAAGCUGUUGGACUUCCGAGGUGCGUUCGAAAAAACAGAAGAAUUUGCUUCCAGGUUGUCGUUGUUCGAAAGUUGAAAUGUUUGACUUCCGAAGUGUUCGACCACCGAGGUUCCACUGUCAAUGGCCUCAAAGUUUUACAGUGCCACUGAACCCCACAAGCAUGAGACAGACGUGCUGACUGGAGAUGGGGAAAUACCUUCUUUUUGUGCAGAAGGUUGUCAAGUUUCAUCUCAGCAUCUCCUCUGCCUGAAAUCCUGGAGAGCUGCUGCCAGUCAGUGCCAACAACACUGAGGUAAAUGGACCAAUGGUCAGACUCAGGAGAAGGCAAUUUCCUAUCUUCCAGUUUCAGUGGUCCACGCUUGAUCUAACAGAUCUAAACCAGGAUCUUCUUUUGGACCUGCCCAGUACCACCUUAGUCCCCUACCAAGUGAUACUAAGCUCCAGCCCUUGAUCACUCUGUAGCCUCCAGCUCUGGCUCUUGAGUUUUGAAAGACCAGGCAACCUGACAUGGCAACAGCCUCUUCCCCCAAACCCUUGGGUAGAGGGUGGGGGAGCCCUCUGUGUCUAUCGCAGAUAUUAAUAUUGCUCAGCGUGAAGUCACCGGAUGCAUAAAGACUUGCUCCUUUUGGAGUGAAACAUCGUCUAGACCAGCGGUUCUCAACCUGUGGGUCCCCAGACGUUGUUGGACUACAACUCCCAUCAUCCCUGACCACUGGUCAUGCUGGCUAGGAAUGAUGGGAGUUGUAGUCCAACAACGUCUGGGGACCCACAGGUUGAGAAACACUGGUCUAGACCCAUUAGAUUGUUGAAACUUUACUUGCAGAACUUUCUUCAAAAACAGAAUGAAAAAAUCAAAGGUACAUCCAAAUAAUUCCAUACAAUGUCUUUUUUUGUGUGCCAAUUAUUUUUUUAUUGGUUUUCCAUAAUUCCAUCUUGUGCAAGUCAAACACAGACCCAUCUUCUUAGAAAUAAAAGAAACCUAUAAUCAGAGCCAACUAACAUAGCUGUCUCUCACGCGGGCUCCAUUUUGCCUGCAUUUCAGCCCCUUAGGCUGUGCAGCAUCUUAGGUUAUGGGUAGCAUCUCACUCCCACAGAGCCUGAGAGCAAAGACUUAGCCACCACCCUUCUAAAAUGGCACAUUUGCAACCAAAUACCUUUGCCGCCUGAUCUAAGGUUAAACACUCACAUGUUAGCCAGCAGACAACAGUUGUUAUUAUCAACUCAUCAAGGAGUUCAGAGACCACUUAGUAUACUCCAGUGGAAUUUCCCCACGUUAAAGCCUUCAGUGAUACACAUCUAGGCAUUUUCUCCUUUCGGUGUCAAUUAAACAGCCGACACUGUUCAGCAUAACGGUGUGUACAAACAGAAAGCUACUGAAGCCAUUCUAUUUCUUAGCCCUUCUGGCCAGCCUUUUGAUUUCCCGCUUCUCACUCAAGCUCUCCGCCUUCCCCUCAGAAAUGAAUUCCAACCCUGGACAGACGUCAAGCCGGUGAAAGCCAUCAAGGUCAAGCCCCAGUACAAGUUUCCGGAGGGGAAGAUGAACCACAAAACGAGUUACAGCACCCAGUUCACUGUCGAAGGGGCAAAGCCCGGCCCUUCGGAUAACAAAUUCCUCGAGCAUCGGAGGAUACGGAGCCUGUACAGCGAGCCCUACAAGGAAAUCACAAAGGUAAGGGAGACGGGAGACAGGCAGUACGGCUCCUCUGUGGGAUACUUCCCCGCCGAAACAAAACAUUCGUUUACUUCAUACUUUUGUAUGCUGCUUCCUCGCACGCUGGCUGGGGCUGAUGGGAGUUGGAGUCCAGCGUCAUCUGGAGGGGGGGAGGUCCUCCCUCCAUGCUCUGUGGCAAAUUUGGGGAGGGGGAGUCUCUGCGGGGUCAGCAGGAUGCACCACUCCCUCGCGCAUCCCACUAACAUCCCGUCCAGUUGGCUGGCUAGUUCAGAGGUUCUCACCUCCUUGAACUGCUCUGUGAUUUGACUUCAGUUUCAUUUUGGCCCACAAACCAGAUUCGACAGAGACUAGGAACCAUCAGAUCAGGCUCCCACUGUUGCAAAAGCUACAGGGCUUGGGGUUUUUGUUUCGUUUUCAGGGCCUAUAAUAACCCCUAGUAUCUCUGUGUGCCCUUGUUUGUUCACUACAAGUCUAUACAGGAUCUGAUGUAAGCCAGGGUCCCCCAGCCUGUGGCCCAUGGGCCAGAAGCAACCCACGGAGGCCAUUUAACUGGCCCCCGAGCCGCCCCCAAACCAAGCUGCCCUCUUGGCAAGUUCCCGCACGCUGCACUAAACAGGCACAGCGUGGCGUGGGGACUCUCUUCCGCUGCUCUGUAAAUCGCUUCUGCACAUGCCCAGAUGCCGGAAAUCGCGUCUGCGCAUGUCGGCAGCACCGGAAAUUGCUUCUGCGCAUGCCCAGACACUGAAAAUCGCUUCUGCGCAGGCGCAAUUUUCAGCAUCUGGGCAUGUGCAGAACUGAUAUCCGGCACCACAGACAUAAAGGUAAAGGGACUCCUGACCGUUAGGUCCAGUUGUGGCCGACUCUGGGAUUGCGGCGCUCAUCCCACUUUACUGGCCGAGGGAGCCGGCGUACAGCUUCCGGGUCAUGUGGCCAGCAUGACUAAGCCGCUUCUGGCGAACCAGAGCAGCGCACGGAAACACCGUUUACCUUCCCGCCGGAGCGGUACCUAUUUAUCUACUUGCUUUCGAACUGCUAGGUUGGCAGGAGCAGGGACCGAGCAAUGGGAGCUCACUCCGUUGUGGGGAUUCAAACCGCCAACCUUCUGAUCGGCAAGUCCUAGGCUCUGUGGUUUAACCCACAGCGCCACCCGUGUUCCAGACAUGCGCAGACGCAAUUUCCAGCGUCGCGCUGUGCUGGCCUGGCCCACAGAGGAUCUCUGUUUGAGUGAUCCGGCCCACGCCCAGUAAUCCUUGCCGACCCCUGAUGUAAGCAGAUUAAUUUCCUGGAUCUGCAGAGCACUGGCUCUCAGCUUCCCUUGUGCCGCAGGAUUCAGGAUGCUGCCUUCACCACCACACAUGGAGCCUCGUCAGACAUUUUCUGUCCUCUCGGGGAUGGUGGUGUGAGGGGCAGAGAUCGGGGCAUCUCUUCAGGGCCCUGGCUAGGGGUCUCUCUCAGCCUUUACUGCCCAAGGUUUUAGAAGGGCCCUGCACAAAACUCCCUGGAUAUAUCUGGCUGCAAUUUUUUGGGCAGCUUAUCCACUUAAGAGGGACGCGGGUGGCGCUGUGGGUUAAACCACAGAGCCUAGGACUUGCCGAUCAGAAGGUCGGCGGUUCGAAUCCCCGCAACAGGGUGAGCUCCCGUUGCUCAGUCCCUGCUCCUGCCAACAUAGCAGUUUGAAAGCACGUCAAAGUGCAAGUAGAUAAAUAGGUACCACUCUGGCGGGAAGGUAAACGGCAUUUCCAUGUGCUGCUCUGGUCCCCCAGAAGCGGCUUAGUCAUGCUGCCACAUGACCUGGAAGCUGUACGCCGGCUUCCUUGGCCAGUAAAGCAAGAUGAGUGCCGCAAUCCCAGAGUUGGCCACGACUGGACCUAAUGGUCAGGGGUCCCUUUACCUUUAACUAAUCCACUUAAUCCAAUAACUUUGACCAAAAGGGGACGUUACACCCAUUUUUAUAUUACCAAUUAUAGUGAACAGGGCACACAGAGCUUCACUUAUGCAAAGCAGCCCAGAACCUAGAGCACAGAUCUUAGUGGAGAAUGAAUGCACAGUGACUCAGAAACGGACUGGAAAUAUAGGUUGUUGGCACUCGUCUGUCUUGAGAGACAAUGGAGUGCGCCUUUAGGGGUGAACAGGACAUUAGCAGCACCAAAGAGACCUCUCUGGGGCACAAGCCUGGAGGUCCGGUGCUUCCCAAAUGACAAGACCCCCCUCUCAGUCUUGAUGAUGUGGUCCAAAGGAAAGCAGGGCAAGGCAUUUGGCACCAGCUAGGCUACAGGAAUCGCCACGAGGCGUACAAGGUACCAUCCAACCAUCUUAGAGACUCCACUUUGGAUUUGUGUAGGGUUAAUAAUAAUAAUAAUAAUAAAUUUUAUUUAUAGCCCGCCCUCCCCAGCCGAAGCCAGGCUCAGAGCAGCUAACAACAGUAAAAUGAUAAAACAUUCUAAAAUAAUUUCAUUAUAAAAUUAAUUCCAAUCAGAUUAAUGGCAGCUAUUGGGCUAGAAGCUCUGUGAGGAUUUCCAAAGGAGGGGGUCAGGCUGUGCCCUGGCCAAAGGCCUGGUGGAACAGCUCUGUCUUGCAGGCCCUGCGGAAAGAUGUCAAGUCCCUCAGGGCCCUAGUCUCUUGUGACAGAGCGUUCCACCAGAUCAGAGUCAUGGCCGAAAAAGCCCUAGUUGAGGCCAGCCUAACCUCUCUGUGGCCCAGGACCUCCAAGGUGUUUUUGUUUGAAGACUGUAAGGUCCUCCGUGGGACAUACCUGGAGAGGCAGUCCCAUAAGUAUGAGGAUCCUACAGCUUUAAGGGUUAAAACCAGAACCUUGAACCUGAUCCUGUACUCCACCGGGAGCCAGUGCAGCUGGUAUGGCACCGGGUGAAUGUGAUCUUGCAGUGAAGACCCCGUAAGAAGUCUUGCCGCGGCAUUCUGCACCCGCUGGAGUUUCUGGGUCAGUCUCAAGGGCAGCCCCACGUAGAGCGAGUUACAAUAAUCCAGUCUGGAGGUGACCGUCGCAUGGAUCACAGUGGCUCGGUCAGGGCGAGAGAGGUAAGGAGCCAACUGCUUAGCUUGGCAGAGAUAGAAAUAAAGAAAAAACUGAGUCUUUUCGUCUCCUGAAGAUGUCCCACAAGGCAGUGGAAGUUUAGGAUCAGUGUUUUCCUUCUCCUAGAUGGGCUCCCUUCCCAGGUGGACUAGCCCCAUCUGCCCCUCACUCCCUUCUACAGCAUAGCUGUCAAUGUUUCCCUUUUUUUAACGGGAAAUUCCCUUAUUCCGAAUAGGAUUCCUCACAAGAAAAGAGAAACGUUGACAGCUAGGCUCUACAGCAGGGAUGUCCACCCGGUCAACCACGAUCGACUGGUUGAUCCCCAAGAGGGUUCCAGGGGGUAGAUCUCUGUUUUUCUAAAGAGUUUUGUUUUUGUUUUUUACUCCUUAGCUUAACCACCAUCACCCUAAGGAAUCCACAACCUUUAUAACUGCCCUGGGUCCAUUUUUCUUCUUGAAUUUCUGCCAGUCUAAUUCACCAUAGUGGGAGCAUUGCAUCAGCCGUUCCCCAGCUAAACAGGGGGUUUCAAAUACCCAUCUCAAGCAAGGAAUAAUUCCUUUCCCUUUCUCUCCUGCCACACAGUGGUACCUUGGUUCUCAAACUUAAUCUGUUCUGGAAGCCCGUUCCAAAACUAAAGCGUUCCAAAACCAAGGUGCGUUUUCCCAUAGAAAAUAAUGGAAAAUGGAUUAAUUUGCGCCGGACUUUUAAAAACAACCCCCGAAACAGCCAUUUAACAUGGAUUUUAUUCUCUAACGAGACCAUUGACCCAUAAAAUGAAAGCAAUAAACAGUGUACUGCAGCCACACAAUCACUCAGUAGCUGAACUGGGUUCCACAGAGUCACGAAAACAAAACAGAGAAGCUGCAAAAAUGAAAACGCUGACUUUCCCCCUAAAGAAGGCUCAACAUUACUACCCUCCCCUUUUAAAAAGGUCAGCAACUUUGACAUUCCUCCCUAAAGAAAGUUGACCUGAUUGCCAGUUUUUUAUUCUGUGAGUAAAUCACAAUUUCAUGGGAGCCGGACGUCUCUGCUCUACGGCAUGUUCAGAAACCUCCUUCUUGACCAUUGGACCCAGUCUUGGUCUCAUCCACUCAGUCUGUCAGAGCCUGUCUUCGCAUGCAGGGGGAACCCCUAACUCCUUGAGGGUUUGAGACCCCAUCAGCUUCCCUCACCUGGUUUAGCUGGCCAGUUGAAGCCAUUCCUAGGGUGUGGCCGCUGUUGCCUCCUGACAGCAUCUAAUAAUAAUAAUAAUAAUACAGUGGUGCCUCGCAAGACGAAAUUAAUCCGUUCCGCGAGAGUCUUCGUCUAGCGGUUUUUUCGUCUUGCGAAGCAAGCCCAUUGACGGAUUAGCGCUAUUAGCGCUAUUAGCGGUUUAGCGGCUAUUAAAGGCUUAAAGGCUUAGGGGAUUAGCUGCUAAAAGGCUAUUAAAGGCUAUUAAAGGCUUAGCAGAUUAGAUAAAGGGGGAAAGCGAAAAAAAUCUCAAGACUCGCAAGGUAUUUUCGUCUUGCGAAGCAAGCCCAUAGGGGAAUUCGUCCUGCGAAGCAACUUCAAAACGGAAAACCCUUUCGUCUAGCGGUUUUUCCGUCUUGCGAGGCAUUCGUCUUGCGGGGCACCACUGUAAUAAUAAUAAUAAUAAUAAACAACUUUAUUUAUACCCCACCCUCCCCAGCCAGAGCUGGGCUCAGGGCGGCUAACACCAAUAAAAUCACAGUAAAAGGGGUGUUAUGUACUGAGUUGAAUAGCAUUCAGAAUGCAGCAGUCUGAUUGGUCCUAGAACAAUAGGAUUCAGAAUGCAGCUGUCUGAUUGGUCCUAGAGGAAUAGGGUCCAGAAUUCAGCAGUCUGAUUGGUCCGCAGGAGCCACCCAAUCCAGCUCCAGGUGGAAGGGAAUCCGCAAUCUGAUUGGCCUACAGGAGAAUCCCGGAAUUAGCCAAUCAUGUGGGUCCCCUUGUAUAAAUAAUGUAUAUAAAGCAGACAUUCUGGGGGAACUUCCAUUCCUCCUCACCACUAUGAGCUGAAUAAAGAGCAUGAAAUCCACUCUCGACUCCAAGUAUAUUUCAGGGGGAGAAAGAGAGGGGGCGGGGAAACCAAUUUAAAAUGCAGCCUCAUUUUAAAGUAGCUGAUAAAUCAAGACCAUAAGGGGAGGGAAACAUAAGGGUCAGACUGAGUCCAAACCAAAGGCCAGGCGGAACAGCUCUGUCUUGCAGGCCCUGCGGAAAGAUGUCAAGUCCCGCAGGGCCCUGGUCUCUUGUGACAGAGUGUUCCACUAAGUCGGGGCCAGUACUGAAAAGGCCCUGGCCCUAGUUGAGACCAAUCUAACCACCUUGCGUCUUGGGACCUCCAAAAUGUUGUCAUUUGUGGACCUUAAGGUCCUCCGCGGAGCCACAGGUGAGAACUGAGUGCUGGGUGGCCACCAAAGCUGGACAAACUACCCCAGAAGGAGCACAGCAUGUCCCUACCAGUGGUACUAACUGUCCCCUAAUGCUCCAUACAGUGGUACCUUGGUUUACGAACUUAAUCCAUUCCAGAAGUCCGUUCUUAAACCAAAGCGUUCUUAAACCAAGGCACGCUUUCCCAUAGCACCCGGGGACUCAAUUUACACUCAACAGGAAGUGGAACAUGUUCUGCUUCCAAGGCAAAGUUCACAAACCGAAACACCUACUUCCGGGUUUGCAGCGUUCUUAAUCCAAGUUGUUCAUCAACUAAGCUGUUCUUAAACCAAGGUACCACUGUAUAUCAGACAGAGAUGCAAGGCAAAUCUUGUGGCCCACAACCCUGAUGGUGGUGCAUACACAAAGAGGGUUAAUGCUUCUAAGGACAGGUUAGUUCACCAGUCAGCUUAAAGCAGGCAUAGGCCAACUCGGCCCUCCAGAUGUUUUGGGACUACAACUCCCAUCAUCCCUAGCUAACGGGACCAGUGGUCAGGGAUGGUGGGAGUUGUAGUCCUAAAACAUCUGGAGGGCCGAGUUGGCCUGUGCCUGGCUUAAAGGCCUUGACGCUGCCCUCUCGAUGAAACCUUUGCCACCGUUCGGCAACGCCUCUCUAAAUUCGCUUUUCUCCUCCCUCCCCCUCACCUCUCCUUGUGUGUUGUGUGUGUUGUUUCUCUUUUGUGCCGGCGGCGGCUUGCCGGUUGCGCCCGCCCAGGUGGAGAAGCCGAGCCCUCAGCCUUCUAAGCCAAAAAAGACGACCACAAGCCAUAAACCCCUGAAAAAGGCCAAAGAUAAGCAGAUGGUUUCGAGCCGGUCGUCUAAGAAAAAGAGCGCCGAGGGGCCCAGCGCAACAAACGCCGAGGAAAAGGAGAAGAGUAAAGAGAUGAACAAUAAAUUGGCCGAGGCGAAAGAGUAA